GGUCAGAGGGUAAAAACUAGUCUGUCUCAACCAGAGACGAGUGCAGGACGGCAGCGCUGGAGAAGACCGAGCAGAACAUCUGGAAAGAUCAUAAUAAAUCCAAGAAAUAAACCGAGAGGAGAAGCAGGAAGUCAGGAUGGCUCUGAUCAGGAGAUACUCGGAGGCCAUGGCGCUGCCCGACUCCUUCAUCCAGCGGCAGCAGCUGGAUGCCAGCAUGGCCGACACCUUCCUGGAACACCUGUGUCUGCUGGACAUCGACCAGGAGCCAAUCACAGCGAGGAACACCAGCAUCGUCUGCACCAUUGGUCCGGCCUCUCGAUCGGUCUCCAAACUCCAGGAGAUGGUGAAAGCCGGGAUGAACAUUGCUCGUCUGAAUUUCUCUCACGGCUCUCAUGAAUAUCACGGAGAAACCAUCAAGAACAUCCGGGAGGCGGUGGAGACGGUGACCUCCGACCCGCUGUACUACCGAUCGGUCGCCAUCGCUCUGGACACCAAGGGGCCGGAGAUCCGAACUGGAUUAGUGAAAGGGAAGGUGGAGGAGGAGGUGGAGCUGCAGAAAGGCAGCAGCGUUCGAGUUCUGACUUCAGCAGACGACAAAGACAAGACGGACGGGACGCUGAUCUGGGUCGACUAUCCCAGCCUGCCCAAAGUCCUCAGCAAAGGGGGACGGAUCUACAUCGACGACGGACUCAUCGCCCUCAAAGUCAAAGAAAUAGGUCCAGACUGGGUGGACACCGAGGUGGAGGCCGGCGGCGUCCUCUGCAGCCGUAAAGGCAUCAACCUGCCGGGCUGCGACCUGGUCGGGAUGCAGGCGGUCAGCGAGCGGGACGAGGCCGACCUUCGCUUCGGUGUGGCUCAGGGCGUCGACAUGGUGUUCGCCAGCUUCAUCCGCUCGGCGCAGGACGUGAAGGACGUCCGGAGAGUCCUGGGAGCCCACGGACGAGGAAUCAAGGUCAUCAGCAAGGUGGAGAGUCGGCAGGGAGUCGUGAACUUCGAGGAGAUCUUGGCCGAGAGCGACGGCGUGAUGGUUGCAAGGGGCGACCUGGGCAUCGAGAUCCCAGCGGAGAAGGUCUUCAUCGCCCAGAAGAUGAUGAUCGGACGCUGCAACUCCGCCGGCAAACCGGUCAUCUGUGCGACGCAGAUGUUGGAGAGCAUGGUGUCUCACCCUCGACCCACCAGAGCAGAGAGCAGCGACGUGGCCAACGCCGUGCUGGACGGCGCCGACUGUGUGAUGCUCUCUGGAGAAACCGCCAAAGGCUUGUUUCCUGUGGAGGCAGUGGCCAUGAUGCACUCGAUCUGCAGGGAGGCCGAAGCCGCCAUCUUCCACCAGCAGCUGUUCGAGGAGCUCCGCCGCCUGACGCCGCUGUCCUCUGACCCCACCGAGGUCACGGCCAUCGGCGCCGUCGAGUCGUCCUUCAAAUGCUGCGCCGGAGCCAUCAUCGUCCUCACCAGCGGCGGCAGGUCGGCUCACCUGCUGUCCAGGUAUCGUCCUCGGUGUCCGAUCAUCGCCGUCACCAGGAGUCCACAGGUUGCCCGUCAGUCCCAGCUGCUCAGAGGAGUGUUUCCUGUCCUCUACCAUCCACUUCCUGCUCCGGUUUGGGCCGAUGACGUGGACGGCAGAGUCAACUUCGGGAUGGACAUCGGGAAGGCCCGAGGCUUCUUUAAAUCUGGUGACAUGGUGAUCGUGGUGACGGGAUGGAUUCCCAGCUCCGCUCACACCAACAUCAUGAGGGCAGUGAGCGUCCCAUAACAGCAGAACCUCAGGGGAACUUUACAGAACCUCAGUGGAACCUCAGCGGAACCUUUGCCGAACCUCUACAGAACCUCAGCGGGUGACGUCCAGACCUCUCGAUCUUAUCAUGGAGAUGUGAUGGAAACCUGAGAGCAGCGUCUUCCAUUAAAUCAGAAGCUUUUAGAUGUUAUCAGGAAGUAGAGGACGUGUGAAUGUCGAUGACUCCCCUUCAAAAUAAAACUUGAACCUUUAAUGUCAGUUCUCCUGUUCUGUAGCUGCAGGUUUUAAAUUAAAAAACAUCUAAACUCUG